CUUUGGCCCAUUCGAAACUCCACAGCCAGCUGCAUCGAAAGCAGUCAGCUUGACCCAGUCGAGCCUAGAUCUGGACUGCGGGGACAAAACAAGACCCCCGGUGCCGUUGCAUUGCGGCUGAUCAAUGCAGGCUGCAAAAAAAGAAAUAAGGGGGGGCUGCAGCAGCAUGCAUUCCUCCUUUGUAUUGUUUUCGCGCCGAUGGCUGUGACAGCCGAUGCAACUACCCAUCGGAUGGACGGAGUGUCGCACUGCUAA